AGUUAUUCCACUGUCCUAGCAGACGACAAUCCAGCUUGCUACCGACUGAGCUAUUCUACUGUCCUAGCAGACGACAAUCCAACUUGCUACCGACUGAGCUAUUCCACUGUCCUUGCAGAUGACUAUCCAACUCACUACCUACUGAGCUAUUCCACUGUCCUAGCAGACGACAAUCCAACUUGCUACCGACUGAGCUAUUCCACUGUCCUUGCAGAUGACUAUCCAACUCACUACCUACUGAGCUAUUCCACUGUCCUAGCAGACGACAAUCUAACUUGCUACCAACUGAGCUAUUCCACUGUCCUUGCAGAUGACUAUCCAACUCACUACCUACUGAGCUAUUCUACUGUCCUGGCAGACGACAAUCCAACUCUCUACUGA